AUGAGAACCCGCAUCUGCAUGAUCUCUGACACUCACACCUACCCACCCAAUCCUCCCAGCACAACCUCAAACCCCUACCGCCACCCCCUCCCGGAAGCCGACGUGCUCCUGCACGCCGGGGAUCUGACCAAAGUCGGCCGCAAAGAUGAACACGAGCUAAUGGUCUCGAUGCUGAAGAAUGCCCCCGCGGAACUUAAGAUCAUCAUUGCGGGAAACCACGACAUCACUCUCGACGAGGAAUACUACACGCGGGUGGGCCACUAUCGCCAUCGCUACCGAACCGAUCACACAGCGCGAUCAGCUACAGCAGGUCGAGAUGAGAUUCCAACGACGGCGGAGGAGGGAGAAGGACCGAUUGAGUCGCCUGCGGAGAUCAAGGCGUUGUAUACAGGACCGGAUGCUGUGCGGGCGGGGAUUCGGUACAUGGAGGGUGAAGGCACGCGGCGGUUUCGACUAUCCAAUGGGGCUGUCUUCAGCGUGUAUACAUCCCCGUAUACGCCGGAGUUUUGUCAGUGGGCGUUUGCAUAUAAUCGUGAUCAGGACCGGUUUAAUCCUCCCACUCAUGAUAUAGCUACAGCUGGUGGCGUUCCUGCUGGUGCAGGGACGGGGAUGAAUCCCGUCCCCGGCUAUCCGGCAGUGGAUAUCAUGUUAACACAUGGACCGCCGUAUGGGAUCCUAGAUCAGGUGGUGCCGGGACAUCAGAGUGUCGGGUGUGAGCAUUUAUAUCGGGCGACAGAGCGGGCGAAGCCGCGCUUACAUGUCUUCGGACAUAUCCAUGAGGGAUAUGGAGCGACGCGGCUGGAAUGGAGCACGCUGAAUAAGUCCAUGAUUCAGUGUGAUAGAACAACGACGCAGGUGAACCGUUGUGUUUAUGUGGAUUUAAGUAGUCGUGCAACGAAUCCGUUGCGCGUUGGACAGGAGACGUUGUUUGUUAAUGCUAGUGUGGUGACUGUGCAGUAUGAGCCGGUGAAUGCGCCGUGGGUGGUCGAUUUGGACCUUCCUAAGGGUGAGUGA